GUCAUGUAUCAACACAAAAUAUCACGAACUCUUACUCCAAUGGAGCACAUUUGGGGAAAAGCCUUUUGCCUAACCUAAGAAACACUAGAUUGUGUUUUUUUGUUUCCUAGAUCUUUUAUCCAAAUAUCAGUAAUGCAGGUAUUGUUUAAUGAUCGCUUUGAUUCUGUUUUUAGGUCGCUGCUUGCUUGGUAUCGAUCAGUGAUUCAGUCACUCAGAGUCACUCGAUCAGGGCAUUUUCCAAGCGAAAUGAUCACGAACAUAAAAAAUAAAGAUCCGAAGACACUCGCGAAAUCUGCGGUAUAGAGGUUUUGCACGGCAGCCAUGUUGCAUGGCAGGAGCAAUAAAUUCUUUUUCCUAUGGGGAAAAAUGUUCUUCCUAAUGCAAAACAUUUUCAUUGGUCUUGCCAUGCAACAUGGCUGCCAUGCAUAACCUCCAUUAGAAACCUUUUCUUGCCGGGGGUGAGUAUCGUCUUCCUUCCCCACCCUCUCCUACACAUGACUUCCUUUUUCUUUGUCCUCACCCACUCCCACGGGCACUACUGCUCGGCGGAACUGGGUACUAGUUCCAAAAAAAAAUGGCGGCCAUUUGAGGAUGUCACAUCGUCUUCCAAAAUUGUCCUUCUUAUUCCCUGAAGUCGAAGACUUUUUGAGAAAUUCCCUGUUUCCUAGAGAGGAACAUUAUUUGAAUGACAACUUUGAGGGAUUUCAUAAACUUCUGGAUACACUCAGCACUCCACCACUGUUUACUGUUGUGCGAGUUAACACUUUGAAGACAACUGUACAUGAAGCUCGGCAGCAGUUGCAGAAGAUUCUGGAGGAGGGAGGCAAGGAAGGAGAACAAUGUCAUUACAAAGUGACAGAGCAUCACAUGGUCAAGGACAUUCUGUUGAUCCAUGGUUCUGGUCCAAAAGAUGAUCUUGUGCCAGCUUCAAAGGAGAUCAUUGUUGACUCGCACUGUGGUGCCGCUAUACUCCGAGGUGCAGAUAUCUAUGCUCCUGGUGUCAUGGCAGCCCACCCUGGUAUUGAAAGAGGAGAUUUAGUGUCAGCGUUUGCUGAUCUGGAGGGCAAAUGCCGUAAGGGUCUAACCAAACCCUAUGAUGGCCAAAAGGUGUUUGUUGGAAAUGGAACUGCUGUGCUUGCCAGGAAGGAGAUUUUCUGCUCUCAGCAAAAUGUAAGUGGUGUGGCAGUCUGUAUGACGUCCCCUCUGUUUAGCUGCCCGUCACUGAGUGGAGUUCUUCCUCAUUUACUGUUCCUUCAGAACUUGCCGUCUGUUGUAGUUGGACACGUGUUGGAUCCUCAUCCCAGUGAAAUUAUCUUAGACAUGUGUGCUUCCCCAGGUGGCAAAACUACUCACCUAGCAUCACUCAUGGGGGACAAGGGCGCAGUAGUGGCUUUUGACAAGAGUGAGCCCAAAGUGGCAAAGCUGAAGGCAAACUGUGAGAAACUUGGCAUUCAGUGUGUAAAGAGCUUCAUGUAUGAUGGAAUCAAAGCCCUGGAUGCUGAAAAACAUUAUAACAGAGGAAAUAUUUCCCUUCCUCCUUCUCCACCCUACCCCUGUGGAACAUUUGAUCGCAUCCUCCUUGAUGCUCCCUGCAGUGCUUUGGGUCAGCGGCCUCAGUUUGUUGUCAGAAUGAAUUUGAAAGAGUUACAGUCUUACCCGAGGCUUCAAAAGAAACUCUUCACUACUGCUGUAGGCUUAUUGAAGGAUGGAGGUGUGCUUGUCUACUCUACCUGUACAAUACCUCCACAGGAAAAUGAGGAACAAGUGGCCUGGGCUCUGAAGUCGUUUCCUUGUUUAAAGCUAGCUAGACAGACUCCCCAUUUAGGAGGACCCGGGCUUCCUAACUGUGGUUUGUCAGAAGAUGAAUGUCAGUUGGUGCAGCGAUUUGAUCCAACCAGUCUUUAUAAUGCUCAGACAGAUCAAACCGACACAUACAAUUUAGACACUAUCGGUUUCUUUAUUGCCAAGUUUGUUAAAAAGUGCCUUUAAAAGAGCAAAUAGAAAACAUUUCAAAAUUA